UCUCCGCCUGCAGGUCUGUGUAUGUGUGAAAAUCAGGAAGAGCCAGCGGGGAGUGUGUGUUGCUAUCGCGUCUCCGCCUGCAGGGGCGGGACCCCAGGAGGAGGGAGAGGACAGAGCCACUGGAGAGUACCAGACUGGAAAAACGAUAUGGCAGGAGCCAGUAUUGGGGCCCGCUUCUACCGGCAGAUCAAAAGACAUCCGGGGAUCAUCCCGAUGAUCGGCUUAACCUGCCUGGGCAUGGGCAGCGCUGCGCUCUACUUGCUGCGACUCGCCCUUCGCAGCCCCGACGUCUGCCCACCUGGCCGGUCACUCCUCAGCUUGGCCCGCCCUGAAAUGCGGAACCCGCGCCUCUCCCCGCCUGGUUGCCAUGACGACGCCGCUCAGCCAGCGGCGGGCUCGGGCUUUUGGGUACCUCUAAGUCCUCACCAGAGCACUGGGGGUGUGGCCGGCUGGGACAGAAAGAACAACCCGGAGCCCUGGAACCGCCUGAGCCCCAAUGACCAAUACAAGUUCCUUGCAGUUUCCACUGACUAUAAGAAGCUAAAGAAGGACCGGCCAGACUUCUAAGCCAGGCUGGGCUGCCAGUGCCAUGCAAACCACGGACAGCCAGCCCAUCCACUUCUUCCACUCCUCCCCCCAGGCCCCAAGGCGUCAGUCCGGCCACCCUGUCCUGCUCCUGCUUACACAGGCCGGGUUCCCACGCAGAGGGGAGGCUGCUCCACUCCUACUCUCCUCCCUUGCUCCCAGCAGCGGAAGCGCCUCUGACCCUUGGCUUGAGUCCCAUGUGGGGGAGGAGGAGGCAGGCAGCACCAGCAGGGGUCCACCAAAAGAGCCCAGACCAGCCCCUCUGCCCUCCUACCCGGGCCUCGAAGGGUGUGGCACAGGCUACGUGUUGAGCGUGGCCUACGUGCGCCAACAAGAAGCAGGGGCCUCUGAGUGCCAAGCGACGUGGCGGGCUCCAAGUUAGCCCAGGCUCUGGGAGCCAGCCCAGGGGCGGCGCUGCUCAGCUUGGGCUGGUCCAGGGCCUGCCCAGGCCGGGGGACCUUUGCCUCCCGAGGUGCAGCGCACUCCUCCCCUGCCCAAGCCUACUGCCUCCCGCUGCCACCAGUGCCCCCUCCAGCCCCACACCUGGGCCUCCCCCUGCCGCUCCCCUCCCUUGCUCCCCUCUGUCCCCAGGGAUCAAACAGAGGCAGCCGUGGGCAAAAUACAAUUUCAUUUAACAAAUUGAA